GCACGAAAUGGAGAGGAAACGACGGGCCCAUCUGAGAAAUUGUUUGGAAAAGUUGAAGGAAAUCGUACCUGUCGGCCCUGAAUCCAGCCGGCACACGACUCUGGGCCUACUGACCAAGGCCAAAUCUUAUAUCAAGUCUCUCGAGGACAAGGAACGGCGGCAUCGUCUACACCGUGACCAAUUGCUCCGCAAACGCCGUUAUCUGCAACGACUCCGAGAACAGCUGGGAUUCGGGCGUAUGGUGCACUCGCCUCAUUCUGGCGCCACGUCCACAACCCCAUCGUCUCCGUCGUCGCCGUACGCGCCUCAGAUCCUAACUCCGCCGCAUUCAAGCUGUGGGCACGAGUCCCCACCUCCGUCCACCACAACAGGUCCUCUGAAGCGACGAUCAGUGUCUGAAUGUAGUUCGCAAUCUUCAACGUCAACGGCUUCAACGUCGGAAUCAGAUGAAGUUGACAUCCUCGGCUACAACAGCGGCUCGAACCACAGCGAUACCGAUGACCACUCGUCGAUUCAGAGCCUCACAUCCGAUGGCGGAGUCACCAUCUCCACGAAACGUCUCUGCUUAACUCAAACAGCCGGUCAGCCGACGUCGGUGAUCGUGGCUUCCACGAAAAAGGACAAGCUUUAA